CCUUUCUUCCUUUCUUCCUUUCUCUCUCUAGAAACCUCAUUUCCUUUCCAUUUCCUCCUUUCUGAUGUUCAAUCAAAUUCUUUGAUCCAAUUCUUUUUCGCAGAUCCUUUGUUUUCUCGGAUUCCAAAACAAUCGUUUUCGUUCGAUUCGAUACUGAUAUCUGAUUCUCGGUGUCAGAUGAUUAACUUAGGUUUUAGCUAGAGCUCGACCGAUCGCGUUUUGGAGAAGUUGCGGCAAAAUCGUAAAUAACCGUCAGAACUGGGGGCGAAUCAGUCUCGGUCUCACCGGGCGCCACCGUCGGGACAGGCCGGGGUGGGACUCUGGUUGUUCCUCCGCCCUAACAAUGCUCCACGCGCCCACACGCUUCACUACCUCCCUCACGUUGAGUCGUCGUUGGUGAGCCGCCAUACGGUCGAUCAAGCUCCGCUGGCGUCGUCGUCGACCUCCAUGGAAAGCUCCAGUGCCUCAUCGAAUUCCAAUUUUGCUCCUCUCGAAGAGCCCGAGUACGUGGCGCGGUACCUGGUCGUCAAGCACUCUUGGCGUGGCCGCUACAAGCGGAUCCUCUGCAUUUCCAAUGUGACCAUUAUCACCUUGGACCCCUCGACCCUCGCCGUGACGAAUUCCUACGACGUCCGGAGCGAUUUUGAGGGCGCUGUGCCGAUAAUUGGCCGCGACGACAGCUCUAAUGAGUUCAAUUUGAGCGUGAGAACCGACGGUCGAGGGAAAUUCAAGGCCAUCAAGUUCUCGUCCAGGUACAGGGCGAGUAUAUUGACGGAGCUGCACAGAAUUAGGUGGAAUAGGUUGAAUGCGGUUGCAGAGUUCCCGAUGCUUCAUCUGCGGCGACGGAACUCGGAGUGGGUUCCCUUUAAAAUGAAAGUUACUUAUGCAGGGGUCGAACUUCUUGACUUAAAAACUGGAGACCUCCGCUGGUGCUUAGAUUUCAGAGACAUGGAUUCUCCUGCCAUCAUUUUUCUUUCUGAUGCUUAUGGAAACAGAAAUACUGAUAAUGGGGGUUUUAUUCUCUGCCCUUUAUAUGGACGAAAAAAAAAAGCCUUUAAAGCUGCUUCCGGGACCACAAAUUCUGCUAUCAUCGCAAGUUUGACUAAAGCAGCAAAAUCAAUGGUUGGCUUGUCAAUAUCGGUGGACACUACUCAAUCUUUAACAGCAGCAGACUACAUAAAACGAAGGGCAAAAGAGGCAGUUGGAGCAGAAGAAACCCCAUGUGGGGGCUGGUCUGUGACAAGGUUGAGGUCUGCUGCUCAUGGAACUCAGAAUAUUGCUGGAUUGAGUUUAGGUGUUGGCCCAAAAGGUGGACUUGGUGAGCAUGGUGAUGCUGUAUCUCGGCAGCUUAUCCUCACAAAAGUAUCUCUUGUUGAAAGGCGUCCAGAGAACUAUGAAGCUGUUAUUGUUCGACCUUUAUCUGCGGUAAGCUCACUUGUUCGAUUUGCUGAGGAGCCCCAGAUGUUUGCUAUUGAAUUCAAUGAUGGAUGCCCUAUCCACGUUUAUGCCAGCACAUCACGUGACAGCUUACUUGCCGCAGUUCUGGAUGUGUUGCAAACAGAAUGCCAAUGUGCAGUACCAGUGUUACCAAGAUUGACUCUGCCUGGUCAUCGUAUUGAUCCUCCUUGUGGUAGAGUUCAUUUACAAUUUGGAAAACAAGUCUCCGGUGCUGAUAUGGAGAGUGCAGCCAUGCAUUUGAAACACCUAGCUGCAGCUGCAAAAGAUGCGGUUGCUGAAAAUGGUUCUAUUCCUGGAUCAAGAGCUAAAUUGUGGCGUAGAAUUAGGGAGUUUAAUGCGUGUAUACCCUACAGUGGUGUCCCUGCUAAUAUUGAAGUACCUGAGGUGACAUUGAUGGCCUUAAUAAUGAUGCUUCCAUCUUCACCACCUCUUCUUCCGCCUGAUUCCCCCCCAUUGCCUCCCCCUUCACCCAAAGCAGCUGCAACAAUAAUGGGCUUUGUUGGAUGUUUACAUAGAUUGCUAUCUUCAAGAAGUGCAGCUUCACAUGUAAUGGCUUUUCCUGCUGCUGUUGGAAGAAUAAUGGGUUUACUCAGAAACGGUUCCGAGGGUGUUGCUGCUGAAGCUGCUGGACUUGUUGCCGUGCUAAUUGGUGGUGGGCCGGGGGAUACAAAUUUACUAACGGACUCUAAAGGAGAGCAACAUGCCACAAUCAUGCACACGAAGUCAGUGUUAUUUGAUAAUCAUGACUAUAUUGUAAUUAUUGUAAAUAGACUGAAGCCAAUGUCUGUAUCUCCUUUGCUAUCAAUGGCUGUUGUUGAAGUUCUUGAGGCAAUGAUAUGUGAUCCACACGGUGAAACUACUCAAUACACGGUUUUUGUUGAAUUGUUACGCCAAGUAGCUGGUUUGAAGCGUCGAUUAUUUGCAUUGUUUGGACAUCCUGCCGAAAGUGUCAGAGAAACUGUAGCUGUGAUUAUGCGUACAAUUGCAGAAGAAGAUGCAAUUGCAGCGGAGUCUAUGCGUGAUGCAGCAUUGCGUGAUGGUGCUUUGCUCAGGCAUUUGAUGCACGCAUUUUUUCUUCCUGCUGGUGAGAGGCGUGAGGUUAGUCGACAGCUUGUCGCUCUUUGGGCUGAUUCGUACCAGCCAGCCUUGGAUUUGUUAUCUAGAGUUCUCCCUCCAGGGCUUGUUGCUUACUUGCACACACGUUCUGAUGGAAGCCCAUCAGAAGAAGGUUCUCAAGAUGGAUCUUUGACCAGUAGAAGACGGAGGCGUUUGCUCCAACAAAGGAGAGGUCGUGCAGGGAGAGGAAUAACAUCUCAGGAGCAUCUACCUACUGUGGUUAAUUAUGAAGUGGGUGACCCAGCAAAGCAAAUAAGCGUUUCUGCUUUUAAAAGUUUGGAUAGUUAUCAAAAGUCAGCUCCAGAGGCUAGUUAUGGACAGGUUUUGACAAUCCAACCUUCUAUUGCUCAAACCACUGAAAAUUUGACUGGUGAAAUUCCCUCUACAGUGGUUUCAACAAAUGAUAAUGCUGCUGUUUUAGCUUCAGCUGGUGUUUCAUCUAUGAAUACACAUGGGACGACUGAACUAAAUGCUUCAAUUUCAACUGAUUCUGACAUCACUAUGUCUGGUUUCCAGAAUACAGGCCUUCCAGCUCCUGCCCAGGUUGUCGUGGAGAAUACUCCUGUGGGUUCUGGCAGGCUACUUUGUAAUUGGCCUGAAUUCUGGCGAGCUUUUAGCCUUGAUCAUAAUCGUGCGGACUUGAUCUGGAACGAGCGUACAAGGCAAGAAUUAAGGGAGGCUUUGCAGACUGAGGUUCAUAAACUAGAUGUUGAGAAGGAGCGUACUGAAGAUAUUGUUCCUGGAGGUGCUACAAUGGAGACAACAUCUGGGCAAGAAAGUAUGACACAAAUAUCUUGGAACUACUCUGAGUUCUCUGUUAGGUAUCCUAGUUUAUCCAAAGAGGUUUGUGUUGGUCAAUAUUAUUUGCGUUUGCUGCUUGAGAGUGGCAGUGGUGGCAGGGCCCAGGACUUUCCUUUGCGUGAUCCAGUUGCCUUCUUUAGAGCUCUUUAUCAUCGGUUCUUAUGUGAUGCAGACAUAGGGCUUACUGUAAAUGGUGCUGUUCCUGAUGAAAUGGGUGCAUCAGAUGAUUGGUGUGAUAUGGGAAGAUUAGAUGGGUUUGGAGGAGGAGGAGGCUUCUCUGUCAGAGAACUUUGUGCAAGGGCAAUGGCAAUUGUAUAUGAACAGCAUUACAAGUUGAUAGGUCCUUUUGAGGGCACUGCUCAUAUUACAGUUCUCUUGGAUAGGACAGAUGAUAGAGCUUUGAGGCACCGGCUUCUUCUUCUCUUGAAGGCUUUAAUGAAGGUCUUAUCAAAUGUUGAGGCUUGCGUUUUGGUUGGUGGGUGUGUAUUAGCUGUUGAUCUGCUGACUGUGGUUCAUGAAGCAUCAGAAAGGACCGCUAUUCCUUUGCAGUCUAAUCUGAUUGCUGCUACUGCUUUUAUGGAACCACUUAAGGAAUGGAUGUUUAUAGACAAGAAUGGAGCAGAAAUUGGACCCGUGGAGAAGGAUGCUAUAAGAAGAUUCUGGUCAAAGAAGGCAAUUGAUUGGACGGCACGAUGCUGGGCUUCGGGGAUGGUAGAUUGGAAGAGGUUGCGGGAUAUUCGUGAACUACGUUGGGCAUUAUCUGUUCGAGUUCCAGUUCUCACUCCAGCUCAGGUGGGAGAGGCUGCAUUAUCCAUAUUACAUAGCAUGGUAUUUGCGCAUUCAGAUUUAGAUGAUGCAGGAGAGAUAGUUACUCCAACUCCUAGGGUGAAACGGAUCUUGUCAAGUCCACGUUGCCUUCCACAUAUUGCACAGGCUAUGCUUUCUGGGGAACCAAGUAUUGUGGAGGCUGCCUCUUCUUUGCUGAAAGCUAAUGUUACUAGAAACCCAAAGGCCAUGAUUCGUCUAUAUAGCACUGGUGCAUUUUAUUUUGCUCUGGCAUACCCUGGAUCAAAUCUCCUUUCAAUUGCCCAACUCUUCUCUGUAACUCAUGUCCAUCAAGCGUUUCAUGGCGGUGAGGAAGCUGCGGUAUCAUCUUCAUUGCCGCUGGCAAAGCGUAGUGUUUUGGGUGGCCUUCUUCCUGAAUCCUUGUUGUAUGUAUUGGAGCGUAGUGGUCCAGCUGCAUUCGCAGCUGCAAUGGUUUCUGAUUCUGAUACCCCAGAGAUUAUAUGGACUCACAAAAUGCGAGCUGAAAAUCUAAUUUGUCAGGUCUUGCAGCAUCUUGGUGACUUCCCCCAGAAAUUGUCACAGCACUGCCAUACUCUGUAUGAAUAUGCUCCUAUGCCACCAGUGACGUAUCCGGAGCUACGAGAUGAAAUGUGGUGUCACCGUUAUUACCUGCGGAAUUUAUGUGAUGAAAUUCGGUUUCCGAAUUGGCCUAUUGUUGAGCAUGUUGAGUUUCUGCAGUCAUUACUGGUAAUGUGGCGUGAAGAGUUGACAAGAAGGCCCAUGGAUCUCUCUGAAGAAGAAGCUUGCAAGAUAUUAGAAAUAUCCUUGGAAGAUGUAUCUAGUAAUGAUGGCAGUAAGAAGCAUUCCUUAGAAAUUGGUGACGAGGUAUCAAGCAUAUCUAAGCAGAUUGAGAACAUUGAUGAAGAGAAACUUAAACGACAAUAUAGAAAACUUGCCAUGAAGUACCAUCCUGACAAAAAUCCUGAAGGAAGGGAAAAGUUUCUUGCUGUGCAGAAAGCUUAUGAGCGCCUUCAGGCCACCAUGCAAGGCUUGCAAGGUCCUCAGCCUUGGCGGUUGUUACUUCUGUUGAAAGGGCAGUGUAUCUUGUACAGGCGAUAUGGAGAUCUGCUGGAGCCAUUUAAAUAUGCUGGUUAUCCCAUGUUGCUCAAUGCAGUUACUGUUGACCAGGAUGAUAGCAAUUUUCUUUCCUCGGAUAGAGCACCACUCUUGGUUGCAGCCUCAGAGCUUAUUUGGCUAACGUGUGCAUCGUCUUUGUUAAAUGGUGAAGAACUUGUAAGGGAUGGUGGGAUUCAACUUAUUGCUAAUCUUCUUUCACGUUGUAUGUGCGUAGUUCAGCCAACUACUCCUGCAAAUGAACCAGCGGCCAUCAUUGUUACAAAUGUGAUGCGGACUUUUUGUGUAUUGAGUCAGUUUGAGAGUGCAAGGGCUGAAGUACUUGAAUAUUCUGGACUGGUUGAUGACAUUGUGCACUGUUCUGAACUUGAGCUUGUACCUGCAGUAGUUGAUGCUGCUCUCCAGACUAUUGCCAAUGUUUCUGUGUCCUCUGAAUUGCAGGAUGCCUUAAUAAAGGCUGGGGUCUUAUGGUACCUUUUACCCUUGCUGCUCCAAUAUGACUCAACAGCAGAGGAAUCUGAUACGACAGAGUCACAUGGUGUGGGAGCUAGUGUACAAAUAGCGAAAAAUAUGCAUGCUGUGCGUGCAUCCCUGGCCCUAUCACGUCUUACUGGUUUGUGCAGUGAUGAGAAUUCAACACCUUAUAAUCAGGCUGUAGCUGAUGCCCUCAGAGCUUUGCUGACUCCUAAACUUGCAAGUAUGUUAAAGGAUCAUGUACACAAAGAUCUGUUGUCCAGAUUGAACACCAAUCUUGAGUCUCCUGAGAUUAUCUGGAACUCUUCAACACGAGCAGAACUCUUGAAAUUUGUGGAUCAGCAGCGUGCAAGUCAGAGUCCUGAUGGUUCAUAUGACUUGAAAGAGACACUUGAUUUUAUGUAUAAGGCGCUAUCUAAAGAACUCUAUGUUGGCAAUGUUUACUUGAGGGUCUACAAUGAUCAGCCAGAAUUUGAGAUCAGUGAACCAGAGACUUUCUGUGUUGCUCUGGUUGAUUUUAUCUCAUAUUUGGUGCGCAAUCCAAGUGCUGCAGAUUCUGGUGUCCAGGAAAAAACAAAUCUUAGCGGCUCAUCUGAUGAGACUUCUGACCAUCCCAAUGAUGUUGCUGGCGGGCUAGUUAGUGGACAGAAUCCUGAUGAUUCUUUGUCCGAAUCUGCUGGACAUUUGGCAGAGAAAGAAGAAUUUGAAUUGGUUAAGAACCUCAGAUUUGCACUGACCUCUCUUCAGAACGUACUCACAAGCAAUCCAAAUUUGGCAUCAAUAUUUUCUACGAAAGACAAACUAUUGCCACUUUUUGAAUGCUUUUCUGUGACUGUGGCAUCAGAAAGUAACAUUCCUCAGCUUUGUCUUAGCGUGUUGUCACUCUUGACAAAGCAUGCUCCCUGCUUGGAGGCCAUGGUUGCAGAUGGAUCUAGUCUUCUUCUUUUGUUACAAAUGCUGCACUCUUCCCCAAGUUGUCGUGAAGGUGCUCUUCACGUUCUUUAUGCAUUGGCAAGCACUGCUGAACUUGCUUGGGCAGCUGCCAAGCACGGUGGAGUAGUCUACAUUCUUGAGCUUCUGCUACCUUUGCAGGAAGAAAUUCCCUUGCAGCAAAGAGCUGCGGCAGCCUCUUUGUUAGGGAAGCUUGUUGGACAACCAAUGCAUGGGCCGAGAGUUUCUAUAACACUAGGAAGGUUUCUUCCUGAUGGAUUGGUAUCAGUUAUUCGGGAUGGUCCUGGUGAGGCUGUAGUUGCUGCCCUUGAGCAAAGUACAGAAACACCAGAACUUGUAUGGACACCAGCAAUGGCAGCUUCUUUAUCUGCACAAAUUUCAACUAUGGCGUCAGAGUUAUACCGUGAACAGAGGAAAGGUCGUGUCCUUGACUGGGAUGUCCCUGAGCAGGCAUCUGGUCAACAAGAGAUGAGAGACGAACCACAGGUCGGUGGAAUCUAUGUUAGGUUAUUCUUGAAAGAUCCUAAAUUUCCUCUUAGAAAUCCAAAGAGAUUCUUGGAAGGACUACUUGAUCAGUAUUUACAAUCAAUUGCUGCCAGCCAUUAUAACUCGCAAGCUGUUGACCCAGAACUUUCUUUGCUUCUUUCCGCGGCUUUGGUUUCAUUAUUGCGAGUGCACCCUGCACUUGCAGAUCAUGUUGGGUAUCUUGGAUAUGUGCCCAAGCUUGUGGCUGCUGUGGCUUAUGAAGGAAGACGAGAAACAAUGUCAUCGGGUGAGGUGAGCAAUGGCAAUUAUGCAGACAGAACGGAUGAACCUGAGGACGGAUCAACACAACCUGUACAAACACCACAAGAACGUGUACGCCUUAGCUGUUUACGUGUCUUACAUCAACUUGCAGCUAGUACUACGUGUGCUGAAGCUAUGGCAGCAACUAGUGCAGGAACACCUCAGGUUGUUCCUCUUCUGAUGAAAGCUAUAGGGUGGCAAGGUGGAAGUAUACUAGCACUUGAGACACUUAAACGUGUUGUGGUUGCUGGAAAUCGAGCUAGGGAUGCACUUGUUGCACAAGGACUCAAGGUCGGCCUUGUUGAAGUGCUGCUUGGCCUUCUGGAUUGGAGAGCUGGCGGAAAGAAUGGUCUUUGCUCUCAGAUGAAGUGGAACGAAUCUGAAUCAUCGAUUGGCAGGGUGCUUGCAAUUGAGGUUUUGCAUGCAUUUGCAACGGAGGGAGCCCACUGCACUAAAGUUCGUGAUAUAUUAGAUGCCUCAGAUGUUUGGAGUGCGUAUAAAGACCAGAAGCAUGAUCUCUUCCUCCCUUCAAGUGCUCAAUCUGCUGCCGCUGGAGUAGCGGGGCUAAUCGAGAAUUCAUCAUCGAGACUCACUCAUGCCCUUACAGCUCCUCCAUCACAGCCUAGUUUAUCGAAACCUCCUGCUUCAACGACAUCUAACUCCAACGGAAGACCAGAUCAGCUUUCGUAGUACACGGAAUAUAGAGAUAUGGUAAUGAGGCAGUUGCUGAAGCUGCAUAAAAUACUCUGUAUAGCACACUGUACAGUUUUAUCACUUUUUUUCCCCCCGUCUGCUCAUACUUUCACAUGUGAGUAGCUUUUUUGAUUCGUAUAAGAAAAGGGAAAAGAGGAGAGCCAUUCGUUUACAUGUAAAGAUUACUUUGUGCCUUGUACAUUAAGUAAGCAGUUGCCAAUUUGCUAUAUAAAAGAAGUGAGGUGAUUUUGUGUGAUUUCAUCGUGGCAACUUUUCUUUCUUAUGUUGCAUGUCUUUCCUGAAAAUUGUCUGUAAUUGGCUUUUGCA